AUGGGAACACCAACGGUGGUGCUCAUCCCGUUCUGCGUCACCGGCCACCUGACGUCCAUGCUCCAAGCCGGCAAGCGGAUGCUGAUGAGCAGCGGCGGCGACCGCGCCAUGUCGCUCACCGUGCUCCUCGCGCCACUGCCGAUGGCCAGGUUCGCGCACAUCGUGGAGCAGGAGGCCUCCUCGGGCUCGGGGUUUGACAUCCGCUUCCACCGCCUCCCCGACGUGGAGCUCCCCACCUUCUCCGGCCCGGAGGACAUGAUCUCCAGCUUCAUUCAGCUGCAAGCGUCCAACGCUAAGGCGGCCAUUGCCGGCCUGGGAUGCCCCGUCGCCGCCGUCGUCAUGGACUACUUCUGCACCACGCUGUUCGACGCCACCCGCGAGCUGGCACUGCCGGUGUACGUGUACUUCGCGUCCCCGGCCUCCAUGCUCGCGCUCAUGCUGCGGCUGCCGGCGCUGGACCAGGAAGUGGCGGGGGAUUUUGGGGAGGCGGAAACGGCGUUCGACGUGCCUGGUAUGCCGCCGGUGCCAGCGGCUUUCCUGCCGAAUGCCGUGAUGAAGAGGGAUUCGGGCUACACCUGGAGCAUGUACCACGCCAACCGGUUCAUAGAGGCCGCCGGCAUCAUCGUCAACACGGUGGCGGAGGUCGAGCCGGAAUCCCUCGCGGCCAUCGCUGACGGCCGGUGCAUGCCCGGGCGCGGCGCCCCGACCAUCUACCCGAUCGGUCCCGUGAUCGCCUUUGAUCCGCCUGCCGAGCAGUCGCAAGAGUGCCUGCGCUGGCUGGACGCGCAGCCGCGUUCGUCCGUGGUCCUGCUCUGCUUCGGGAGCUUGGGCAACCUGACCCUGCCGCAGGUGCACGAGAUCGCUGAGGGCCUGCAACGCAGCGAGCACCGGUUCUUGUGGGUGCUCCGUGGCCCGCCGCCAGCCGGGUCGCCCUACCCGACCGACGCCAACGUGGAGGAGCUGGUCCCGGGAGGCUUCUUGGAGAGGACCAAGGAGAGGGGCCUCGUGUGGCCGAGAUGGGCGCCGCAGAAGGAGAUCCUGUCGCACCCGUCCAUCGGGGGCUUCGUGUCGCACGGCGGGUGGAACUCGACGCUGGAGAGCCUGUGGCACGGCGUGCCGCUGGUGACGUGGCCGCUGUACGCGGAGCAGCACAUGAACGCGUUCGUGCUUGUGGCUGGCCUGGGCGUCGCCGUGGCGAUGGAGGUGGACAGGAAGCGGGGCAACUUCGUGGAGGCCGCUGAGCUGGAGCGCGCGGUGCUGGCGCUGAUGGGCGGGUCGGAGGAGGGGAGGAAGGCGAGGGAGAGGGCCGCCGAGGCGAAGGCCGCGUGCCGGAACGCGGCAGAGGAGGGCGGGUCGUCGUGUGCCGCGUUGCAGAGACUGAUGCGGGAGAUCUCGGGACACGGAGGGACGUGA